UAGUGCACAUAUCUAGAUUCUACAUACAUGCAACACUCAAAGUAAAGCGCGCAAGGCAAGCAGAAGUUUUUAAAAUCAAUGUUAUAAAUACGAUUGAAUACACUUCAACAUGCAGCAAGAAACGCCAUUGAGUCAAGAAAAAUUGGUGGGAAGGAUUAAAUCCGUUUAUGUGAAAAAUUUCGUGUCCUACAACGAGGUGACUUAUUGUCCCAAAUUAUACCUGAAUGUAUUGACUGGGCCCAAUGGCAGCGGAAAGUCUACAAUUGUCUCAGCAAUAAUGAUAGGCCUGGGCGCCGAACCAACUUUGCUCGACCGCUCCGCCAGCAUUGCCGACUACAUACAAAGCGGCGCAGCUGAGGCUACAAUUGUUGUUACGAUCUACGGUCGCUUAGAAAACACUACGGAGGCUUUUCGCCGCGUAAUUACGUCUGAUGGCUCAUCAAGUUUUUAUGUCAAGGAUGUCAAGCAGACGAAGAAAAAUUUUCAGAGCAUAGUGGCCUCUUACAACUUGCAAGUCGGCAAUUUGUGCCAGUUCAUGCCACAGGACCGGGUUCAGGACUUUUCGAAAAUGAAUCCACAAGAGCUGCUUUCGAACACAAUAGCUUCCAUAUGUGACAAUGACCUAACAAAUAAUUUUUCUCUGUUGAGAGAGAUGCGUUCCAAGCAGAAUUGGUCUGCUGGUGAUCGUGAAAAACAAAAAAUAAAGUUGCAGAAGAAACAACACCGCUUGGAACAGUUAAAAUUUUCUGUUGAGCAAUUUCGUGAAGGCGAGGAAAUAAAUCGAAAGGUGAACAUAUUGAAAAUAAUGAAAAUAUGGCUUGAGGUUCAGAAGACCUCAGAAAAGGCUGCUGAAUUAAAACAACAAUUGGAGACAGAAAAAAUGAAUUGUAAGAAAGAGGAAAUCAGCUACAACAAGCACAAGCAAGCGGCGGAACAGAUCGAAAAGAAAAGAGCAGAUCUAAGGAAUGCUUGCUUAAACGCGAUACGGUCUUUAAAUCAGUCGGAGGUUGCCAAAAAUGUUAUCAUAGGUGAAUUGGAUAAUUUGAAGCAAGAAAUGUUACACAAUAGAUCAGCAUAUGUGCACGAAGAAAAAAGAAUAACGCAAUCUGUAGCAGAAGCCGAAAAAGUAAAACUUCUGAUAGAUGCUAAAAAUCAAGAGCUAACAGAAUUAAACAAGAACAAGUCCGAAAUGAUGGCCGAAUUGGAAAAUCAUAAAGAAUCGUUUAAUAAUAUUAACAAAAAGGCAAUGGAUCAGCUUAAUAAACGACGAAAACUAGAGAGCGCUCUGAAUGAUGAAAAGAUUCCGGAAAUUACAGCAUUGAAAAAUAAGAUGGAGAGACUAAAAAAUGUGAAAACACAAAAGAAGCAGGAGCUGAGCCGAACACAACCAAAUUUGGUUGCUGCUAUGAAUUGGGUUGAUCAAAAUAGGCACAAAUAUAAAUUAAAAAUUUAUGAUCCCAUGAUAUUUGAGUUCUUAUUGGAAAGCAAGGACGCCGCGAUGUACUUGGAGAGUGUGUUAUCAAUAGAAAGUGACGAUGCAGCGAAAUAUUUGGAGAAUGUGGUAAGACAGCGGGACCUGUUUGCAUUUGCGUGUGAGGACAAAGGGGAUAUGUCUGAUCUGAUCAACGAACUAUGUGUGAAGCAGAAGUUAGAUGUGAAUAUUAUACACUGCGCACCAGCUGAUACAUGCUCAUAUAGUCCCACUGUAUCUAGAAGUACACUGCGACCCUUGGGAUUUCACUCGUAUCUAGUUGAUCUAGUCACAGGACCAGCACCCAUAAUCAACAAACUGUGCUCGUCAUACUCAAUCCAUAAUAUUCCCAUCGGCACAGACGCCGUGAGCAAUCAUACAUCAUCCAUUCCAAAGCAAAUUCGCGUAUAUUUUGGAGGCAACAAGAAGUUCAUGAUAACAACAUCCAGAUACCGGCCUGACUUAAUGCUAACUGAAAGCUCAAUACAAGGAAAAAAUCAACUGAUUGCGGUUGAUACGCAGCAACUGGAAGCGCUUCAAAGGCAGUAUUCCGAAGUUGUCGUACAACGAGACAGACUUCGAAAUGCAAUUACAUUACUCGAUUCAGACUUCGAACGUUUGCAGGCAAAUCGUAAAGAAAUAGCUGAAAAAAAGCAAACGGUCGAACAUAAGCUGUCGUAUGUGAAUCAAAUUAAAGGCGAAAUAGAAAACCUUUUGAAAAAAUUUCAAAGGCUUAAUGAAACGUCCAAUUCAUUGGAUUCAAUAAAAAAGCAAGCAUGCGACACUCUGCUUAUAAAUAUGAAGAAAAUGCUAGAUGCCGAGGAGAGACUAGUCAAAAAUUCGGAACAAAUAGGCAAGUGUUUGUGUGAAAUGAUAUUGACAAAAGCAAUGGAAGCCGUUCACAUGCAACAACAGGAAAGUCAAACCGAUUCACUUAAGAAUAUGGAGGAAAUGUUAAGAUCAUCAAAGAGAAAAGUAAACCAACUGUCGGAGCUGUACGAAGGUCAGACGCGGGAGAACCAAAAGAAAAUAUGCGAAAUUAAACUGCGGUGCAACAAUUUGCUUCCAACCGAUUCGACAUUCCCAUUUAAAAACGAAUUUCAUAAUAUGGAGAGUAUGGAUAUCAAUGAAGUUCGCGAAGCAAUAAACGACCACCAGGCGAGAUUUGAGUGCAUACAAAACAAAAAUUCUGAUACAAUCAAAGAUUUCAAUGAGCUGCAAAACGAGGCAAAGUCCCUUGAGGAACUAAUUCAAGUAUCGUCGCACAAUGUAAAAACAAUCGAAACCGAAAUGUCUGCGUUAUACGAAAAAUGGAAACCUAAAUUGAACGACUUAAUAGGUACUAUCAACAUUAAGUUUGGCGAAUUCAUGGAAUCCAUCGACUACGUGGGAGAGAUAAACCUGUCCGAGUCAGAUCCAUACGACUUUGACACAUAUGGCAUCCAAAUAUUGGUUCAGUUCAGAAAAAAUACCCCACUACAGACUUUGGACAAGUUCAUUCAAUCUGGUGGCGAGCGAGCAGUUUCCAUAGCAGUUUACUCGUUAGCUUUGCAACAUGUUACUCACGUGCCAUUCAGAUGCGUCGAUGAAAUAAACCAAGGCAUGGACGCUAAAAAUGAACGUAACAUUUUUAAUCUACUAUUAAGGGAAGCCACCAAGCCUGGAUCGGCUCAAUACCUUUUUGUUACGCCGAAGCUGCUGUGCGAUCUAGAAUAUAAUGAAAAACUGUGCGUAGCUGUUGUGUACAAUUCACAAACAGUUUCGGAAAACUUGAAGUUUCCAUCGAUCGCUCCAAUGGAUAAUUGAUUAUUGAUUAAUGUUGAAUAUUUUGUAAUCAGCGAAAGAAAUAUGGAAAUCAACUUGAACUGAAAAGCUAUGUUUUAUUAUUGCAAAUAUUAAACUGAAAUAUCUUUGAAUCUGGUUUACUUCCAAGCAUAGAUAAGUUUGUAAAUGAAUU